CAACCGACUGUGCGCAGUACAACAGCAUGAUUUGAUAUAAUGCCAAGCUAAUACUUGUACACUCUCAGUCUACUUAGCUAGUGAGAACGAUAUAGGUGAAUAAAGUGAGAACAGAGCAAACACUAUUAACGAAAAAGUCGGUCAGCAGAGUUCACUACUAGAUCCAUCAACGAAAUGGACGAGGACUACCCGGAGACAAUUAAUGGAGUUUGUAUUAAAGUAGAACCCCACAGUCCGGCAGUCAUGUCAAAAGAUACCAGAUUCGACGAAAGUUUCUCCCGCCAAAAGUCCUCUUUCGAAAAUGGAACAAGUGAAUAUUCGUCAUCAGGCCACAAUGAAAAAGUUGCCAUAGAUUUAAAUGGACGUCAAACACCCUCAUACAGCCAUUCAUCGUCUGAAUUUUCGGGAUCUGGUUUUGGUUUUGGUCAGUCGACUUGUUAUGAUAAUCUGAGAAAACCUACAUCGCCAGCAUUCUCAGAUGAACUUAAAGGUGGAAUGUCUUCAUUGGAUUCUAAUUACAACACCUCCACACCGUCGAUAAAGGAUUCCAUGUCACCGCGCGUUCCACUGUCAUAUCAUAUGUCGAAAGGUGCACCGCCAUCAAUGCUUGGUGACAGUAUAUAUAGCUACGCCUCUUUUAAUGAGAACAAUUACUCUAAAAUUAACAUGAGGUUAAAAACUCAAACAAAUGGGAACGAUUUUGAUGAAACAGACUCUAAACUUAAUUUGACAUAUCCAGGAACAGCUAGACCGAUUGGCAAAAAAGCACAUCUUCCAAAACGUUACAAAUGCGCAAUGUGCGCCUAUAAAACUAGAUAUAAAUCUGAUCUGAACCGUCAUGUCCGGAAACACGCAGUUGCAGGAUAUAAUUGCGACAUAUGUAACAUGCCAUUUAAAACAGUUGGAAAUGUAGAAUUCCAUAAAAGAAGAGAACAUGCUGAUACAUAUGUUGCUGCAAAACAGGAGAAAAAACCGAAAUUUAACUGUAAAUUGUGUACUUUUGGAACCAUGCAAAGUUCUGAGCUAACUCGUCAUGUUCGAAAACAUUACAUUGCAAAGUUCACAUGCACUUUAUGUAAUCGUCCUUUCAUGUCAUCUGGUAGUCUUGUUCAUCAUGAGAGAUCUUAUCAUAAUAUGAAUAACAAAGAUACCCCUCAGACUGGCGAAAACGGCGAUCAAGCUGCUGAACAAAAUGGCGAUCACACGGAACCGAUAAUAGAAAGUGAUGACGAGAACUACCAGACCAGUACAAAUAAAGAACAAAGCCAAACAGAUAACAGUCAAAAUAUGCCAAUGAAUAAUGAAUAUGAAAAAUCAAAUGGAGACACCAAUAGUUUGUCCAAAACUAUUGCAGCGGUAUCAACAAACGGUAAUACUUUCCCAAAUGACAACGAUUUAGAAAAUAAAGAGGAUGAGAUGGAGGUUAGAACACAGGACAAACCGUUAACAAAUGGGUUCCAUGAUGAAUCCAAAUGUGAUGAUGGUAUUGCCAAACACAAAUGUCAGUUUUGUAACAAAUCUUUCGGGCGGAAACUUGUAUUGGACUAUCACUUGAAAAACAUUCACAAAAUGAAAAUAAGGGAAGACGACAGUGCUUUCUUAGAAUAUGAUGACGACUAUGACUUGGCACUGGAUAUGUCUAUCCAGGAACUUGAAAACAGUGAAUCUCCUACACAAGAUGCAAAAGUUCAUAGACAUGUUGAUCGGGAAGAUUACAAGCACAUGCGUCAUCAGUGUCCAUUCUGUGCAUAUGCAACCAACUAUAAAAGUACAUAUGAUCGUCACGUGAAAAAACAUGAUUUAGAGUGUCAUAUUUGUCACGUUUGUAGAAUGCCGUUUAUCACAUAUGGACACAUGCAGCGUCAUAUCCGUGACAAUCAUCCAGAAUAUCACCUUAGUCUGAUAAGUCAGUCCAAUUCCGAAAAAGGUAUUUCAUCAGCAAAAGAUGAAAUGAAUAGCAAUGGAAAGCCGCCGCUUAAAAUGGCCUUUAAGCGAGAUAUCGAUAGACCUUUUCAGUCCGGUGUAGCUAAUUAUCAGGCCGUAUCAUUAAAUGGUCACGCAGACGUCAAUAAAAACUUUUGUCCCGUAGUUCCUUCGAAACGAAAGAAACAUCCACCAAUCCAACGUCCAAUGGAACCUGGAGUAUCGAUAGAACGGCCUACAACUGGAAGGUUUGCAAAAUUAGUUUCGGAUUUCGACGAUUUCGCUUCCCGUCCGUUUGCAUGUGCUUUAUGCUUCUUUAGGACACGUAGUGUUGAUGAGUUGACAAAACACACGCAAAACCAUUUAACAGGAUGUAACCCGCAGCCAGUUCCAGACACAGCGCGGUUUAACAUGGCGUUUAUGCAACAGUUCCAGAACAAACUGGCACCGAAGAUAGAGCGCCCUGAACCUAUACGACCGACUAUACAACACAGUGCAAGUUUUAGAAAACCCAAUAACAAAUUACAAGAUGUAAUAUCAAAACUUUGGAAUGAACCAAAACCAGCUGUCAAAAUGGAAGAAGAACCAGAGGAGGAAGAAGACAGUACUCAUAACAUCUCAGAUUCUAUCGUUCCAACUUUCUCUGUCCACUAUCGAAAGGACAAAACCAACCUCACUCGACCAUACUUAUGUCUGUUGUGUCGAAAAAGAUUUAGAUUAUUGACAAUUUUGAAGCAGCAUUUCCGACAAACCCACAGUGAAUCACAAAUAAACACAAAAUCGUAUACAUGUAGUAUCUGCGGCGAGCUGUUUCAUAGUCCUGUACUGUUGCAAGAGCAUCAUGAUUUUCAGCACAAAAUGCAAUCAUAGAAAAUUACGUAUUGAUUCCGACUGUCAUGUUAGAUAAUGGUUAAUUUACAUGCUAAAAUACACUUAAUUGUUUGUUCAUAUAACUAGAUGGAACAUAAAAUAGCAAUACUACAAACACUUAAACUUGAGUUGGAGAAGUUCAACUUACCGUGUGGUGAACUCCGUUUCCAAGGUUGCUACUUGAACAUCAAUAGUUCAGCUUCAAUACAAUGCUGGGUAGAUCGUUUCCAAAGCAUCAAGAAUGAUCACUAAAACGUAACCGAUUUUGUUGCAUCAGUUGGUUAGUUGACACAAGUUAUACGGUAACGUAUUGGCACAUAACAUAUGCACUCUCAAGUCAUGCGAAUGUAAAAUAUUGUUCGUUGAGUCCUCUAGUAUUCAGUGUAUAAAUGAAUUGUGAUUGUAUAUAUAUAAAUAAUAUGUGACAAAGCUUGUUUCUUAUGGUGCUUUCGUAACAUCUCGCAUGUAACGUGCUUAAAUUAACAAUUAAAAUCACUUCAUUUUGAAUUGAUAAUGUGGUAAAAAUGUAAAGUAUACAUAUAGUUGAUAAACUCUCUGUACAAAUGUUGAAUAAUUUUGUGUUGAAAUUUCUGUAAAUAAGUUGAAUAUUUUUUUGUUAUUCCGUCGGAUGCAUUUGUUGACAAACAUAGCCAGUAUUACAUGUCUACAAAAUAUAUAUUCCAGUGUAUAUAUGUUCGUUUAAAAUUAAAACUUGUUAAUAAUUA